AUGCCUGUGCAGGCAGCUCAGUGGACAGAGUUUCUGUCCUGUCCAAUCUGCUACAAUGAGUUUGAUGAGAAUGUGCACAAGCCCAUCAGCUUAGGUUGCUCACACACUGUCUGUAAGACCUGCCUGAACAAGCUUCAUCGCAAAGCAUGUCCUUUCGACCAGACUGCCAUCAACACAGACAUCGAUGUGCUUCCAGUAAACUUUGCACUUCUCCAGUUAGUUGGAGCCCAGGUACCAGAUCAUCAGACAGUAAAGUUAAGUAACCUAGGAGAGAACAAACAUUAUGAGGUAGCAAAGAAAUGUGUUGAGGAUUUGGCACUCUACUUAAAGCCACUAAGUGGAGGAAAGGGAGUUGCUAGUUUGAAUCAGAGUGCCCUGAGCCGUCCAAUGCAAAGGAAACUGGUGACGCUGGUGAAUUGUCAGCUGGUGGAGGAGGAGGGUCGUGUUAGAGCCCUGCGGGCAGCACGCUCACUUGGUGAAAGAACUGUAACAGAACUGAUUUUACAGCACCAGAACCCUCAGCAACUGUCUGCCAAUCUCUGGGCUGCUGUCAGGGCACGAGGAUGCCAGUUUCUAGGGCCAGCUAUGCAAGAAGAGGCUUUGAAACUUGUGUUACUGGCACUUGAAGAUGGCUCUGCGCUCUCAAGAAAAGUUUUGGUACUUUUUGUUGUGCAAAGACUAGAACCAAGAUUUCCUCAGGCAUCAAAAACAAGCAUUGGUCAUGUUGUGCAACUACUGUAUCGAGCAUCAUGCUUUAAGGUCACCAAAAGGGAUGAAGAUUCUUCUCUGAUGCAGCUUAAAGAGGAAUUUCGGAGUUAUGAGGCUUUGCGGAGGGAACAUGAUGCCCAAAUUGUCCACAUUGCCAUGGAAGCAGGACUUCGAAUAUCACCAGAACAAUGGUCUUCCCUCCUUUAUGGUGACCUGGCACAUAAGUCACACAUGCAAUCCAUUAUUGACAAGCUCCAGUCUCCAGAAUCAUUUGCAAAAAGUGUACAGGAGUUGACAAUUGUCUUGCAACGUACAGGUGAUCCAGCAAACUUAAACAGACUUAGGCCUCAUUUAGAGCUUCUGGCAAACAUAGAUCCUAAUCCAGAUGCAACUUCUCCAACAUGGGAGCAGCUGGAAAAUGCAAUGGUGGCGGUGAAGACUGUGGUACAUGGGCUAGUGGACUUUAUUCAGAACUAUAGUAGAAAAGGUCAUGAAACACCACAGCCGCAACCAAAUAGCAAAUAUAAAACGAGUAUGUGCCGAGAUCUGCGACAGCAAGGGGGAUGUCCACGAGGAACUAACUGUACAUUUGCUCACUCUCAGGAAGAGCUUGAAAAGUAUCGUUUGAGGAACAAAAAGAUCAGCGCGACUGUGAGAACAUUCCCUCUCCUAAAUAAAGUUGGUGUCAACAGCACUGUCUCAACCACAGCAGGAAAUGUAAUCUCUGUCAUAGGAAGCACUGAAACAACAGGAAAGAUGGUGCCGAGUUCCAAUGGGAUUGCAAAUCUGGAAAGUGGUGUUCCCCAAUUGAUUCCUCGCUGCGCUGAAACCUCCUUAAGAGUUCUGGAGAAUGUCAAGAAGGGGGGAAAGUCUGGAGCCAGUGGUCAAAAUGCCUCUGGGUCUCCUACAGAAUCACUAUCUGAAAAUAAAAUUUGUUCUCCACCCAAGACUCCUGUAAGCCAGGCAGCAGCUACCUCAGCUGGUGGUCCUAAUAUUGGAACAGAGAUGAAUUCUCUGCCUCCAAAAUCCAGCCCAUUUGUAACCAGAGUACCUGUCUACCCUCCACAUUCUGAUAAUGUUCAGUAUUUUCAAGAUCCCAGGACACAGUUGUCCUAUGAAGUUCCACAGUACCCACAGACAGGAUACUACCCACCACCUCCAACAGUACCAGCUGGUGUGGCUCCCUGUGUUCCUCGCUUUGUGAGGUCCAGUAAUGUUCCAGAAUCCUCCCUCCCACCUGCUUCCGUGCCAUAUGCCGAUCAUUACAGUACAUUUCCCCCUCGAGAUCGACUGAAUUCUCCUUACCAACCUCCUCCUCCGCAGCCGUAUGGACCAGUUCCUCCCGUCCCUUCUGGAAUGUAUGCUCCAGUGUAUGACAGCAGGCGCAUCUGGCGUCCACAGAUCUACCCAAGAGAUGACAUUAUUAGGAGCAAUUCUUUACCUCCAAUGGAUGUGAUGCACUCAUCUGUCUAUCAGACAUCAUUACGCGAAAGAUAUAAUUCAUUGGAUGGGUAUUACUCCAUGGCUUGCCAACCUCCAAAUGAGCAAAGGACUGUGCCUUUACCAAGGGAGCCUUGUGGUCACUUGAAGACCAGUUAUGAUGAUCAGUUAAGACGGAAGCCAGAGCAAUGGGCACAAUACCACUCUCAAAAAACACCGCUUGUGUCCUCAACCCUUCCUAUGGCAACACAGUCUCCAACACCACCUUCUCCUCUCUUCAGUGUUGACUUCAGCACAGAGUUCUCGGAGAGUGUUAGUGACUUGAGUGGUACUAAAUUUGAGGAAGACCAUCUUUCACACUACUCACCCUGGUCCUGUGGUACUAUCGGUUCCUGCAUAAAUGCCAUCGACUCAGAGCCCAAGGAUGUAAUUGCCAAUUCAAAUGCUGUGUUAAUGGAUUUGGACAGUGGAGACGUUAAGAGGAGAGUUCAUCUAUUUGAAACUCAAAGAAGGGCAAAGGAAGAAGAUCCUAUAAUUCCCUUUAGUGAUGGACCGAUCAUCUCCAAGUGGGGUGCAAUCUCCAGAUCAUCCCGCACAGGUUAUCACACAACAGAUCCUAUUCAGGCCACUGCUUCCCAAGGAAGUGCUACUAAGCCCAUCAGUGUAUCAGAUUAUGUCCCUUACGUCAAUGCUGUUGAUUCAAGAUGGAGUUCCUGUGGCUCAGAUUCUACUGCAUCAGCACGCUAUAUAGAACGGGAAAGAUUCAUAGUUACUGAUUUAUCUGCUCACAGAAAGCAUUCUAGUACUGGAGAUCUACUGAGCAUUGAACUACAACAAGCCAAAAGUAAUUCAUUGUUACUUCAGAGAGAGGCUAAUGCACUAGCCAUGCAACAGAAGUGGAAUUCCCUAGAUGAAGGCAGUCGCCUUACCUUAAAUCUUUUAAGCAAGGAAAUUGAUUUGAGGAAUGGUGAGAAAGUGAAAAGUCUCUUGUAUUUGCAGACUGACUAUAUUGAAGACUGUGCAGACACAAAGCCAGAUCGGGACAUUGAAUUAGAGCUUUCCGCCCUUGAUACUGAUGAACCUGAUGGGCAGGGUGAACAAAUAGAGGAGAUUCUGGACAUACAGCUAGGUAUCAGUUCUCGGGAUGAUCAGCUGCUCAAUGGAACAACUAUAGAGAAUGGACAUUCACUCAAGAAACACCAAAAGGAACCUUUGGAGCAGAAGAGACAAAGUUUAGGUGAAGACCUUGUGAUUCUGGAGGAGCAGAAAGCAGUCCUGCCCGUAACUUCUUGCUUCAGCCAGCCUAUCACAGGAUCCUUUAGCAAUGCAAGCUGCCUGCCCAUCAGCACAUCAGUCAAUGUUGGCAGCCUCAUUUUGAAAAGUGCUCACAUUAUGUCUGAGGAUAAAAACGACUUUUUAAAGCCGAUUGCGAAUGGCAAAAUGGUUAACAGCUGA